GAUGCGGAAUAUUUUGGAGGUGACGUUUUUUGUAGUGUUUCUAAGCAUUUGUGUUGCUGACAUCGUCGUCAAUACCAACAGUGGAAACAUUGACGGUACACGAAUUCGUGUGCUUGGCAGGUUUGUAAACCAAUUCUAUGGUAUUCCAUACGCUAAGCCUCCACUGAAUGAUCUACGCUUCCAGAAACCCCAGCCUCCCGAUAAUUGGACCAGCACGCUCAUUACCCAGAGGCCUCCAGCAUCAUGUCUUCAGCUAUCCAACCUUCCGACUCAGACAGAAGUCUACAGGCAAAACCCGACAACGUUCAGUGAAAACUGUCUGUAUCUUAACAUGUGGGUUCCUGUCAACUCAGCUUUAAAGGCUACAGUCAUCUACAUCCAUGGUGGUGGGUUUGAUCGUGGCAGUGCAAUAUAUGAGCUAACUGACGGUAAAUACCUGGCCGCAGAAAACAACGUCAUCGUUGUGACUAUCAACUACAGACUCGGACCGCUUGGGUUCGCCUACUUGGGACCUGACACAAUUCCUGGAAACAUGGGGCUGUGGGACCAACACAUGGCGCUGACGUGGAUUAAAGACAACAUUGGCAACUUCGGCGGGAGUCCCAGCGAAAUUUCCUUAUUUGGACAAGGAACUGGAGCCGCCUGUGUUGGUUUCCAUUUGAUGUCGCCAGCUUCAUGGGACCUGUUUGAUUUUGCAGUCAUGCAGAGCGGUUCUCCUACUGCCUACUGGUCUCACACCGACGCAGACACCGCCAGAAACAAUGCUAUGAAGCUUGGAGAGCUCAACGGUUGCUCCGCUGCCUCGGAUCAAGAUCUCCUCCAGUGUUUCAAAGACGCAGACCCGCAGGCUUUGAUUGACAGCCAGUCGAUGAUCGCGUCGCGCGGUUUCCCCUUCGUCCCAGUCAUCGAUGGUAUGUUCCUGUCGGACUCACCAAUGGCAAUAUUGAAAUCAGGUUACUACAAGAACACAUCCAUCAUAGCUGGGGUAAUGAAAGAUGAAGCCACUCUGUUCAUGAACCCCAUCGUAGCCGAUCUCUUACGUCCGACUCCUGUUCCUGAUUCCCUCACGCUCACAGAGGCUCAGUACAAUGACAUCCUGGACAUUGUCUUCAACGCUACAGAUAUCCAGCGAUUCCAGGAGAAUCUUACCAUGUACUAUGGGAGCUUGGAGACUCCAGGAACGACUCCGGACUACGUGGAACUCCUGAAGAACCUCUGGAGCGAUCUGGACUUCAAAUGCCCAAUUAUUGAUUUUCUUCACUACUACUCCGUCAACAACCCGUCUUACCUCUACAGCUUCGAACAUCGGAUCACUCUCAACCCUCUGCCUGCUUGGGUUGGUGCCCCUCACACCUAUGAGUUGGAGAGCGUGUUUGGGUUGCCCUUGGAUUCAAGUUUCUCAUUCACUAACGACGAGAAGACCCUGUCGAGGAGAACCAUGACAUACUUCACUAACCUGCCGAAGUCAGGCCAGCCAAACCAACCCGACUCGGUACCUGUGACAUGGCCAGAGUACAGCUCCAACAACAGACAUGUAAAGUUGGACAUAAUCUCGCUCUCAACCGUGCAAGGGCUGCAGUACCAGCAAUGCUUCUUCAUCCGCGAGUUCCUGCCGCUCCUUGAGAGGAAGAUUAUCGUUAUUGGAGGAGGAGGCUCCUCUGAAGCAGAAGCUGUGCAGGUCAGCAUUGCGUCUCUCCUUGUUGGGAUGCUGAUGGUCCGAUUUCUCUGAAACUUUGGAAUCGACGCAGCGCCAAAGAUGCCAGAAUGGGAAUCCUAAUUUCACUGAAGUGGCCCAAGAGGGCGGAUAAUUUACUCUCUAGGAACUACCUCA